GGAAGGUAACAACGGAAGCAAGUAGGCCAACUAGGUGAGUGACUCACCGACUCGCCGUGAAAAAUGAAUUGGGUUACCAUCGGCUAAACGUAAAAAUUGGAACAAUGGCAGACAAGAUUACCGAGAGCGAAGAUUUCUUGCUGGUAACCUUCCAUCCCCUUUAUCUUCUUCGGCUUCAUCGUCGGUGAGUUGAAAAACAGCGUUUUUUUUCUUCCAGCCAUGGCAGACAAUUACAAAGGGUAAUAAAGGAAGAUAGCUUUGGAAAACAAAUUGAAACUGAAACUCAAAAGCGAUUCAAUCAAACGCAGAAGUUAAAGUAGUUAGUGAUUUUCUAAAAAAGCGAAAGACAUGAUCGCGGUCACGAGAAAAUUCCAGAGUUGUAGCGCCCAGAGCAGCCGACUCCUUCAAACAAUGCGCGCGAACUAUAAUCUGAGAGGGAAACAUUUACAUAACUUCUGUUUUCCAGUUCAAAAAGCAAGAGACACAUACAUUGUGAAAUGUACCAAUUCCAUUUCCACUCACAUGCGCAAUGGCCACUGCCAUUUAGCUCUUCGUGUCUUCGACUCCAUGCCUUACAAGAACUUGUUUUCCUGGAACUUAAUGCUCACUGGCUAUGUCAAAAAUCGCAGACUCGUUGAUGCCCGCAACUUGUUUGAUUUAAUGCCUCAAAAGGAUGCUGUUUCAUGGAAUGUCAUGUUGUCUGGUUAUGUUCGGAGUGGUUGCGUUGAUGAGGCUAAACUAGUUUUUGAUAACAUGCCUUAUAAGGAUUCCAUCUCUUGGAAUGGAUUGCUUGCAGUGUAUGUUCAGAAUGGGAGACUUGAAGAGGCUCGUCGAUUGUUUGAGUCGAAGGUGGAUUGGGAAUUGAUUUCGUGGAAUUGUUUGAUGGGUGGGUAUGUGAAGAGGAAGAUGUUGGGUGAUGCUAGGAGACUUUUUGAUCAUAUGCCUGUUAGGAAUGCAAUCUCUUGGAAUACCAUGAUUUCCGGUUAUGCCCGGGAUGGAGAUUUGUUACAAGCCAGGAGGUUGUUUGAGGAGUCUCCGGUGCGGGAUGUUUUCACGUGGACAGCAAUGGUGUUUGCAUAUGUGCAGAGUGGAAUGUUGGAUGAAGCGAGAAGAGUUUUCGAUGAAAUGCCGGGAAAAAGAGAGAUGGCAUACAAUGUGAUGAUUGCAGGAUAUGUGCAAUACAAGAAAAUGGAUAUGGCAAGGGAAUUGUUUGAGGCAAUGCCUUGUCGGAAUGUAGGUUCAUGGAAUACCAUUAUCAGCGGCUAUGGUCAGAACGGAGAUAUUGCUCAAGCUAGGGAAUUGUUUGACAUGAUGACUCAGCGCGAUUGUGUAUCUUGGGCGGCAAUUAUUGCUGGUUAUGCUCAGACUGGUCACUAUGAAAAAGUUAUGCACAUGCUGGUGAAGAUGAAAAGGGACGGCAAAAGUUUAAAUAGAUCUACCUUUUGUUGUGCUUUGAGCACAUGUGCUGGUAUGGCUGCUUUGGUGUUAGGGAAACAAGUUCAUGGACAGGCGGUGAAGACAGGGUAUGACAAUGGCUGCUUGGUGGGAAAUGCACUCCUUGAAAUGUAUUGUAAAUGUGGAAGCAUAGGUGAAGCCUAUGAUGUGUUUGAAAGAAUGCAAUUGAAAGAUAUCAUCUCUUGGAACACAAUGUUAGCUGGUUAUGCUAGGCAUGGAUUUGGCAGACAGGCUUUAUUGGUGUUUGAUUCAAUGAAGACAGCAGGUUUUAAACCUGACGAAAUUACCAUGGUUGGCGUUCUUUUGGCUUGCAGUCAUACUGGCUUGACAGACAGAGGAACUGAAUAUUUUUAUUCAAUGAGUAAAGAUUAUGGCAUAACACCAAAUUCAAAACAUUAUAAUUGCAUGAUUGAUCUUCUUGGUAGAGCUGGCCUCCUGGAAGAAGCACAUAACUUAAUGAGAAACAUGCCUUUUGAGCCAGAUGCUGCAACAUGGGGAGCUCUAUUAGGUGCAAGCCGGAUUCAUGGCAAUGCUGAACUAGGUGAGAAGGCUGCUGAGAUGGUUUUUAAUAUGGAACCCAAUAAUGCAGGAAUGUAUGUACUUCUUUCAAAUUUAUAUGCAACUUUAGGUAAAUGGGUUGACGUGGGUAAGCUUAGAUUAAAAAUGAGACAACUUGGUAUUCAGAAAAUACCCGGGUAUAGCUGGGUUGAGGUACAAAACAAGAUUCAUAAAUUCACAGUUGGUGAUUGUUUUCACCCAGAAAAGGAUAGAAUAUAUGCUUACUUAGAAGAGAUAGAUCUAAAAAUGAAGCAUGAGGGGCAUGUUUCUUUGGUAAAACUGGUUCUGCAUGAUGUGGAAGAGGAAGAGAAGAAGCGAAUGCUAAAGUAUCACAGUGAGAAAUUAGCUGUGGCAUUUGGAAUUCUGACCAUACCGGCUGGCAGACCAAUACGUGUCAUGAAAAACUUGCGUGUGUGUGAAGACUGUCAUAAUGUCAUCAAAUACAUAUCCAAAAUUGUUGGAAGGUUGAUAAUCUUAAGGGAUUCUCAUCGCUUUCAUUACGUCAGUGAGGGUAUUUGUUCUUGUGGGGAUUAUUGGUGAGUGGAGAAAUAUGGUAGAAAAUUAGCCUAAAAUAGUAUAUUAAGUAUAAACCGUGAAAUUUGGAGAGCUAUAUCUUCUACCUGGGGUACCAAUAUGAGUGGGGGCCGGUGGACUAUUGGUAAUGGUAAAUCAAUAUUAUUCUGGCCUGAGAUUGGUACCAUAUGGGAAUAUUGUUUUGAAAUCGUCUCCUGCGGCCUAUUCUGGAAGAGUUGUGCUCACUUUUGUGCAUGAUUUUGUGAACGCUGAGGGUCAAUCAGAUGUUAACCAUCUCAUGGAUUUUAUCCCUAUUUGGUUACUAGACGAAGGAUAUUCUAAUGCUUGCGCCUCCUUUGGAUAGGUUGGAGGACAGCCGUUUUGAGUGGAACCUUACUCCAGAUGGCACGUUUAGCACGAAAGGGGAAAGCUGCCUACCAACUGGUUCAAGGUCGUGUGAAUCAGGUGCAUGGUGAUCGAGUUUGGAAGAAGCUUUGCCCUGGAAUGGCCAUCCUAGAAAGCAAAUGUUUGUAGAAAAAUCUGCAUGGCUGCAUCAUUGCCUUCCAAUAAAUUCAUUCCAUGCUCCUAGAGGCAUGACGGAUAGUAACCUCUGUCUAUUAUGUGCUGGUGGCGAGGAAUUGGAGAGUCAUAUCCCUUCGAGAUUGCAGGGUGGUGAGCCGGUUUGGUAUUUGAUAGACUUUUUAGCAAGUGUACUAAAACUAUCGAAGUAAUAAAAUUUAUAAGUUCGUAUCCACAGGGACCGUGUUAAUCUCAAUUUAGCAAUAAGGUUAAUA